AUGCAGAACAACCUGCAUCAAGUCGAAGACUACGUGCGCCGGACGAGUGGGCGUGUGCAGUACCUGGAGGCACUCAUCGAACAAGAACACUCAACUAUCGGCCAAGUCACAGAGAUCAAGAGGCAGCUAAAGACAGCACAUAGAAAUCUAGAAAAGCUGCACUUCGAGAAGUGUCCAUCGUUGGGCUUUGAGGUCAACCACUGGGUCCAAGGUGCAAUGCGGCUUGCGUGGCAGGCAUACCGGCGAAUGGUCAAACUGGAGGAGAAACUAAGAACCCUUCCAGUGAGCCUGUCAGACAGUGAAGACUGGGUUGGAGACUACGAGAAGGAGUCGCCAGCCAUGAUCGGAAUCGAGAUGGAGCCGGAGAAAAAGCCAGUCGAGGCUGAUACAACAGCAGGAGCGGCAGAACCACCAGAAGUACGGCGCGUGCAGCCAGUCACAUAUGUUCCGACCGGUGCCCAAGGCGCUAGGUUGAGCGCACACAUACCCAAGGGAAUUACGAUUCCUACGCAGGAGAAGCAUACGGAAACAUACCGAAUGUCAGGCGUUGGGUCGUCAACGCAAAGACUGUCUGUGGAACCUUCGUCAAUAAGAGCUGAACAACGGAAAGAAUGGUCCGUCGUCGAAGAGCUCGAUCCGGUUGAGGCGAUCAUACCAAGAGCACUAGUUGAAGCCCGGCUGCGAGAAGAAGAGGCUGAAACCGCACCUGUUCUUAUCGAGCCGGACAGACAGCGACAGGGCAGCUGCGACGGAUCAGUCGUGACUGACAUGGUCAUGAACAAUGUCCUCAACGAAGACUACGUUCUACCGUAUCUCCACUUCAUCAAGCACCACGAACUGCGUGCGCUGAAGCAGUGGCUCGUGGAGAAUCAUUACGUGAAGAGGUCGGCUGUCAUCAGCCGUACGGAAAAAGUGCUGCACUGUCUCGAGCUUCUGCAGACAGGAUGCCGCUAUGAGACGAUAGCUACCAUGUUUUCCAGAACACCAAGACAAGUCGAGAGCUCCUGUCACGAAGUCAAGGAAGGCCUGCUAGAGCUGCACGGCUUUACUAUGAUCAAAGCCCGUGAUCAAGAGAUGUAUACGACGCUGUGGGGUCUCUGGAGGAAGUUUGGCAACCCGCAAGACCAACACCUUGCUACCUACUACUACGGCUUCGAUUGGCUUGACGUCGGCAAGAUUAUGGUGACGCUCAACCUCUACAUUGGCAGAUGGCGCGAGCAGGGAAAGUUCUCGCUCGAGGGGCCCUCGCUCAACUGGGGCAAGUUCUUUGACGCAGAAGGAACAGGGAGGUUCCCAAGAAUGGAUCAGCCCUUGCGACUCCAGUACAGUGCCAUCAGUUCCUUCGGCAACAACACCAGCGACGAGAGUGAAGAAGACGAAGAUGAGGACGAGGACAAGGAUAGCGACGACGACAGCUCGCUGUACGACGAUGGCUCGAUGAAAACAGUCUGA